CCUAGGGAGUUCCCAUAGAGGCUGCCGAGCGCGGGUCCGCCGAGGGAGCGGAGUGGCGGUUUCCGUCGUCAGCUUCUCCCAGCAGGUUUUUCAGCCUCGACGGCUGUUUUCUGCUCCUGAACAAAUCCUCCCCAGUUGAGCGGCUUCACCAACGUGAAUUUAUUCUUCCAGUUCCGUAGCAGCCUAGAAACCCAGCACGGGCCUCCCCGGGCUGGAAUCCAGGAGCUAUAUUGAAGACAAUGUCUGGAAGCUUCUACUUUGUAAUUGUUGGCCACCAUGAUAAUCCAGUUUUUGAAAUGGAGUUUUUGCCAGCUGGAAAAGCAGAAUCCAAAGAUGAUCAUCGUCACCUGAACCAGUUCAUAGCUCAUGCUGCUCUCGACCUCGUGGACGAGAACAUGUGGCUGUCGAACAACAUGUACUUGAAAACCGUGGACAAGUUCAACGAGUGGUUUGUUUCAGCGUUUGUCACUGCAGGUCAUAUGAGAUUCAUUAUGCUUCAUGACAUAAGGCAAGAAGAUGGAAUAAAGAACUUCUUUACCGAUGUCUACGAUUUAUACAUAAAGUUCGCGAUGAAUCCGUUUUAUGAACCCAAUUCUCCUAUUCGAUCGAGCGCAUUUGACAGAAAAGUUCAGUUUCUUGGGAAGAAACACCUUUUAAGUUGAAUGCAGAACAAUUUGGAAAUAAACAACGUCACUACAAUGGGGUAUUCUCAGGAAUGUGUACAUUGUAAGUAACUUGAGUAAAUAGCCUGGAAAAGUUUUACCUGUGGUCUGAAUUUAUCUAAACCUAAUGAAAAUCCUUAUAUAUUUCAAAACAGUACAUUCAGUUUCUUAACGAUUGUCAAUCGAUCGAUAUCUGCUUGUGAACAGUGUUAUUUAUAAACUCUUUAUAACCUUGAAAAUACCUUUAUUCUAAAAAUUAAGAAUGAGCUUUUGACUUGACUCAUUCAGAUAGCUCGAUCUUGAUGUCGCGAUCCAGAACCAAAUGUCAUUGUCAGGAUUUGGUAGACAGAUUUAAAGCUAAGCUUCUGCAGUAGGGAAUGAAGCUGACGGCACGCACACGGGCCUCGAUACGUGUAGAGAUGUUGUUACGAAACCACACAGGCGGCAUAUGUAGCGCUGCCCAGGAAGCUGGAGCGGUUUUCACGGUGCCAGAUGCCACACGCCUGCCUCGGUCAACGACCGGGGAUAGUGAUUGUGCUAUACAUCUAGAAUCCUGGGUCCGGGUCUGUAAAAUGGGAGGCCGGGACCAAAGUAACAGGUUAUGUUCUCAUACUGCCUUUCCCUCAGACAGUAAACUAAAGAUUAAGCGAACUGGUGGAUAGUUCGACUAGUAACAAAUUGUAUCUGUCAAAUUGUUAACAAAGAAACGUUUAUAUUGCGUUAGCGUUGGCAUUCUUUGCUUUUUAGGCUGUACGCCGAGGGGGAGGGGAGAGCUCUGCUGUGAUAAGUGGGAUCUUACUGUAAACUGGUAAAUGUCCACUUAAAUACAAGUACCGUGACCACAUCUGUUCCGUGCAGAUGGCGAGCACUGGCAGAAUUGUGUUCCAUCCCGAGUAACUCGGGCAAGUACUUCUGUUUGGUCUCAUACCCUUGUGUGAAGCUGGUGCCGUAAUUGCUUGCCGCAUCUGUCUCUUUGGUUUCUUCAAUAAAGGUGUUUGUCCGAGA